UCCGCUUGUGAAAAGUUCUGCUCAAGUCUUGGCUAUUGAACAGCGAAAAUCGCAGGUCUCUAUCUCAUUCCUAUCAAAAGUUAUUCAAAAAGUGGCACCCGGCACUGUAUUUUGGUAUGGAUAGUAGAAGUAAAUGGAUCUGCAAUCUAUCUAUAUUCAUCUUUUACUCUUAAUCUUUGUGUUUUUUUUCUAAGGUUAUUCGGUAUAAAUCUCACAAUUAUCGUCUACUUCGUGCGAAUGCUGGUCAUUUCCGUUAUGAUUCGACAAAAGAAUAUUUAAAUUUUGAAUACUUUCGAGUAGAAGAACGACCACGAGUACUGUAUAUACAUCCGAAAUACGAUAUACCUGUUUCAUCACAAUGGUAUCCAAAAGGUCAUUUAUAUCCAACUCAAAUAGCUCAAUAUGGUCUAAGUCAUUAUAGCCAAUGGAUUAAAAAACAGCAACACAAACAAAUAUCACAUGAUAUUCAUAAAAUGGAUGAAUUAAUAUCGGAAGUUGGUUCAUGUUCAAAAUCGGUCACAUUUAAUGUUUCAUUGUCAUACAGUUUUGUUAAUUUCAAUUUGUUAUCAUUCUCAUUUAAUUGUUCGAUUAAUUUUCGUUUUUUUUUUAAUGGUCAUUAUUAUAAACUUAUGUAUUUUACAAAAUCUACUCUUUUACCAUUAAAAAUUCGUCAAUAUACAAUUAUCUAUGGUUUGAAUAUAACAUCUGAUCGAAAAAUAAAUCGUAAUUUAAAAAUUGAUUUAGAAAAAGCACUUAAAAUUAAAAUCAAUGAAAAAUAUAUUUUAUUUGAUGUUCAACUAUGUGAACAAUGUAAAAUUAAACAAUUUUCAAUUGGUAAUUUGACUUUGUAUAAUGAACAAGCAUUUUUUAAAUCAGCUGAAUGGUUAUUAACAACUCAAAAUGACAUAACUGGGUGUUGGUAUAUGACAAUAGUAAGACAAUUUGCUCAGGAUUAUAAACUAAAUCCAAAUUGGUGUUCAUCAAUGUCUCAAGGAUUAGCAGCAUCGUUAUUCAUAAGAAUGUAUUCAUUAACGAAUGAAAAAAAAUGGUUAAAUGGUGCUUUACAGGCUAUAAAACCAUUCUUAUCAAACAGUACUGCAGUAAAACGUUAUUAUGAUGGACGAUAUUUAUGGUUAGAAGAAUAUCCAUUAGAUAGAAAUGAUAGUAGGAGUCUCUAUGUAUUAAAUGGUUGUCUAUAUUCACUAUUAGGUUUAAUUGAUGUUCAUACGUAA